AUGCCGCUAGUUGAGGGGUACAGCUCUGACUCUGAUAGCAGCUCUCACUCUCAUGCUGAAUCGAACAAAUUGCCGAAGGCUGUGAAAGACCAGGAAAACAAUGACUCCAUCAGCGUUGAUCUAACCCAGCUGGAGCCCUCAAAUCAAGUUGCCAAGAGACCUAACCAUAACACGACGCGAGCUAAGCGCAAGAGAAGAAAGGGGAAAGGACCUUGGGCAUCUUGGUCAUCUUCUGAGGAAAGUGAAGAGGAACCAGGACCGGAGGUCGCGUCCGAAGCGGAGAAAGAGUCAGGUAUUUUGUUGGAAGAUGAAGAAUUUCAACUCUCCCGGGACGAGAAGACACUAUCUAGCGAGAGUACGCGUUUCUAUGGAGACUCGGUAACAGAUUACCAAGGAAGAAGCUUCUUGCAUCCGCCUAUCGAAGUGGAUAUUGACUUUACCAAACCAGAACUUUCCUUUAGGUGUUAUCUGCCGAAAAAGAUGAUUCACUCGUACCGGGGGCACCACAAUGGUACUACGACGAUUAAAAUGCUCCCCAAAUCAGGACAUCUUUUUUUGUCCGGCGGAAAUGACAAUAAGGUUAAAUUAUGGGACGUAUAUCACAAGCGCGAGCUUCUCAGGGACUAUUGCGGCCACUCGAAGGCGGUGCGAGACGUAAGCUUUAGCGGUUCAGGUACUUCUUUCCUUAGUGUGUCCUAUGAUCAACAUAUGAAGAUAUGGAACACAGAAACAGGUGAUAUUGAGCAUCGUUACAAGUUCCCUGCUGUGCCAAAUUGCGCCGAGUUCUCCCCUGCAAACUCCAACGAAUUGAUAGUUGGGCUUUCAAACUCUGAGGUGAGGCAUUACGAUUUGAGAGUCGCUCAUAAAGACGGUUUAGUGCAGGUCUAUGACCAUCAUUUGUCCUCUAUAAUCGCACUCAAGUACUUUCCAGAUGGUUCCAAAUUCAUUUCAUCCUCUGAGGACAAAUCGAUGCGUAUAUGGGAUAAUCAAGUUAAUAUACCCAUAAAGCAGAUAAGCGACACCGCUCAGUAUUCAAUGCCCUUCAUUGACAUUCAUCCAGAGCAUCACUAUUUUGCUACUCAGAGCAUGGACAAUGCUAUCUAUGCUUUCUCAAUGAAGCCCAAAUAUAGAAGAAAUCCGAAGAAGCGGUUUGAAGGUCAUAAGUGUGCCGGUUAUGGAAUAGGCUUUGGAUUUUCGCCUGACGGGCAAUACCUCGCAUCUGGAGAUACAAAAGGGCGGGUAUAUAUAUGGGAUUGGAAAACCACCCGACUCUUGAAACAUUUCGAGGUCCCAGGCAAGAAAGCAGUCAUUACGGUUGCAUGGGCACCUCAAGAGACAAGCAAAAUGUUGUGUGCAGGUAACGGAGGAAGAAUCUUUCUAUAUGACUAG